AGAUAAUAAUUAUAGUUAAGUUUUAAUGCAUGUUCAUGUUGUAACGUAUCUACCAAAGGCUACACAAUGGCUUUCAAUACUCUCUUCAGAACCAAGAACCAACAAGAAGUUCAAGAACUUGAGAAAGAAGGAGCUAAAGCUAUUUCCCUACAGGCUGAGAUCGGUCCAUUGAUCGAUGAUGAAAACUAUGUCAUGGUGGUGGGUGAGGAGCGUCUUGUGCUGGCCCCCCACUCACUCGAGGAAGACAACGUGAAGGAGUUGAUCUCAGUGCUCCUUGCCUGGAUCAAUGACACACUGGAGGACCGGAGGAUUGUUGUGAGGGACAUUGUGGAGGAUAUAUACGAUGGUCAGGUCUUAGGAGAGUUGUUAGCCGCACUUUCCAAGGAGGAUAUUCGGGUGAUUCCAGUUACACAGUCUUCAUACAUGCAAAAGAACAAACUCAAGUAUCUACUGGAGAAGAUCAACAAGCUGCUGGGACUGGAGGAAAACACUAGGAAAAAGUGGUCUGUCAAAACGGUCCACUCUAAAGACGUGGUGUCAAUUCUCCACCUCUUGGUUGCUUUGGCGAGAUUCUUCCGAUGUCAGCAUCCUCUACCACGCAACGUGACCGUGAGGAGAAUACUACUCAAGCAACUAGACGCUAAACUGGACAGUCAGGUUAUUAUUGACGAGAUAACGGGCAACGAUAUUGGACCAACUGCUCCGUUGCAUAACAAGUCCGCCGAACGUGAUGUGUUUGACAAAUUGUUUGAAGAAGCUCCCGAGAAACUAGAGGCAGUGAAAAGAUCCUUGUGUCAGUUUGCCAGUCGUGUGCUGAGUGAGAUGGAGGGGGGGGGUGUGACGGACGUGGCUACUCAGUUCUCUACUGGGGUCAACUUUGUGAUGAUGAUGGGAUUGCUGGAGGGGUACUAUGUCCCUCAAUAUCUGUGGCAUCCUAACCCACGCAACUUUGAUGACAGUCUGGACAAUAUGAAGAUGAGCUUCCAGCUGAUGGUGGAUGCUGGACUACCUCCUCCUAAUGCUAAACCUGACGAUGUAGUCCACGGUGACCUGAAAGGCACUCUGAGGGUUUUGUACGCUAUCUUUGGCAAGUACAAGUCUCGUUACCAACAGCCCCAGGCAACAGCAGGAUCAAGAGUAUAGACCACACCAUCAUAAAUAUGAACUUUUAAUGAAUUUUUACUGUCAGUAGCUAGUCAGCAAAUUAUUGAUAUAAACAUUAUAAUUAUAGAACCAGCCUCGGUUAUAGGACGCCCUCUUUUAAAACGCCCAUAAUUAUAAAUCAAUUUUUUUCGUACAUUGUUCCUAUAAUCAUAAAAAUCGUUAUUUUUUAUGA